UGUGCCUUUUGGUGAGCAUCAGCGGAAGUUGUGCUCUUGUCCCUUUCGUUCCCCUCACUUGUUUGCUUGCUUCCUUGUUUGUGACAUUUCCUAGGGUUUUGUGGCUAUGGCGUCGGGAUUCGGCGUGACGGGGAAGAAGGGCCGAUGCUACGACGUGUGGAUGGAUUUCAGCGACUGCAUGUCGCACUGCUCCAUGCCAGCUGAAUGCACCUCCCGCCGUGACGAUUACUUCGAGUGUCUCCACCACCGCAAAGAGUACUCUCGGAUGAAUGCUAUCAACAAGGAAAGGGAGCGACAAGCUUUCGGAGAUAAGAACAACAAGCCUCACGAUAGUUCUGCUCACCAUUAACCCUAUUGAUGGGUUUUGUUGGGACUUUACAGUGCCCGCGUAGGAGGCAAACGUGGUACCGAAUGUAGGAAUGGACUAUGAAAUGGAUUUCCUGGAUGCGCGCUCCACAGAAGUGUUCUGUUGAGUUUCCUUUGCCGCAUCUUUAUCAUUAGUAGCUUUCUCUGUUCUCAAACCGAGUCUUCUAUCAGACUCCUGUCUCACAUCUGCCAUUUUCAAACAAUUAAGGAGGCCCUUUGGAUUCUUCUGUAUGCCA